AUCAGGCCUGGGAGUCGGGGGCUGUAGAGUUGGGGGAUGUCAGGGACACAGACCCAACAGACACACGGAGCAUAGAUGACAUCAGGUUUACACCUGACACUGACAACGUCCAGCACAUCCUAGACUGGAACCUGUCAGAAAUCUUAUCCGGUAAUGGUUGACACGACUGACGGCAGGGUGGAGGGAGAUGUGGGGAAACCUAAUCUAAGUGACGUCACAGUCCUAGUUGUAAAUGGUAUACAGGCGUGUGUUGUCACUGACUUCAAUAACACGUGUGUGAAAUCUUUCUAUACUAGAAAUAAUCAACCAUGUCAUAGUAGACUUCCCCUGGUUAACUCUCCAUGGGGUGCAACACAGUUGAAGGAGAACCAGGUGAUGGUUGCUGUCCCUGACUACAGUCAGAUUGUAACAGUAGAAGUGACCCCUGACCUGGUGCUGCUCUCAACCAUCACAACAAGCAGGUGGUACUACAGUCUCGCUGUUCUGAGUCCUUCAUCUCUAGCAGCAGGUACAUAUUACUGUGUUGAUAUCCUGGACAUGGGGGGACACGUGCUGAGGUCAGUCGACAAUCAGAUACAGUUUACACGCCCCUUCUGCAUGUGUGUCAACAACAAGGGCAACAUACUCGUGUCUGACUGUGAGAAGAAGUCUGUGACAUGUGUGACAUCAGAGGGGGAUGUUGUGUGGAGAUACGCCCCUACCGGAGACAGAGCACUCAUCUUCCCCUGUGGCAUCACAACUACCAGCACAGGGGACAUCCUGCUUGCAGACAGGUACACCAACAAGGUGAUACAGCUGACAGAGUCGGGGGAGUAUGUCAGGGAUGUUCUCACUUCACAGGAUGGUGUGCCCUCUCUACGAGGUCUCUGGUCAGACAAUCAUGGCUCCAUAUUUGUGACUGGCGAUGGGAAGAUCAAGGAAUUUAUCAACACAUAGGGACUGACUGCAUAUGGACACCUCUCUAACUGCUUCUUCGUUACAUCCGCCUGUCAUUAUUACCCCCAUACACAUCCCUACUCGAUAGAUGAAAUAUGUACACAUGAUAAAUAAUAUGAAUUUCGAAAUCAGAUAAAAUUCAUGGACGACCGUCAAAUAAAUCAAUAAUCUAACACUCUUGUUUGAUUGUUGUUUUGUUGGAUGUUGCAUGUGAUAAGUACUAUUUAUGUAUCUGCAUGACAAGUCAAACUCGUAAAAUGGUUUCGUCGUGACAUAUCUGAAUGUUUUAAAGUAUUCCACCAAUUAGGGAUUCGGCCUUACAAAUUCGACCCUGAAUCACAUGAUAUGAACCGACAAACUACUUUAUGUUCAGUAUAGCUGUAGGUGUAAAAUAUUUCAUUACAAUUCUGAAUUAACCCUUUACAAUAUGAGACACUCACCUGAAACCUACGAUUGUGGGUUCGAAUCCCCGAUUUGCACUGGUGAUGUUUCUUGGUUUCCCUGCUCCGCACCAUACCCGUGUUCGUGGAUUUCACCAAAGUGGUAAACGUCCAAGACCUACAUCACUUUAGCUUUCCUCCAACUUCAAACUGACACUCCGUAAUACACAAUGAGACACUUUUCACAGUGGUGUUAAACUUUACUCACUCAUUUACUUUACAAUAUGAUGUGUUGGAUAAACUCUUUACAAUAUGACAUUGUGGAUAUUCUCUUAUAAUACGAUAUUAUAAAUUGACCUUUCCGAUUUUUGACGGAUUUUAAUUAUUUUCUCUUCCCUCCGGUGUGACAUUAGCACAUUGGCUACCGUUCAGGCCUGCUUUCUUUUAAUUAUUCUAAUUGGUGAAAGCCAGUAUGAAACAAAUUUGUUUACGUGGGAGGUUAGGCACCCUACCACAGUUCAGUGGAUUACUCCCUUAGACCAGUUUGUCUUGGUAAUCGUAAACCGAUCACGUUACUCGACUGCAUCAAGCCUCUUUCCGCGAACACCAACAAGCAGCCAAACGCGUAUCUCAUCAACAACUUAUUAUUUAUCUCUUCUCUCCCAGCCCAAUUGUGCCUCUUGUGCCUCGUGUUAAUCUUGUAGUGUAAACAUGUUUUUUCAUCUGGACCAAGUUUGGUAAAUCAAUACUUCUUGCAUCAUACUUCUCGCAUUAUAAGUAUGCAUAUCUGUUCAUUAGCAAUAUAAGUCAAUGUUUCCAUGAAUGCAUAAGAAUGUGUUUCUUGCUCUAAUUUUCUUGGUGUUUCAGUGCCUCUCACCAGCAUACUAUAUAACUUGGUGCAGCA